UUAGCCUACUUGAAAUUAAGAACAAAAUAUGUCCAGCACUGAAGAGUCUCAAGCUGAACUGACAAUAGAUUAUGAUCGAUUGAACGAUUUAAAGGCUUUCGAUGAUACAAAAGCUGGCGUUAAGGGACUAGUUGAUGCUGGAAUUGUGGAAAUUCCAAGAAUUUUUAUUAGGCCAUGUGAUGAACUUGCUGAGGAGUUGAAUUUGUGCAAAUCAACUCUAAAAGUUCCAGUGGUGGAUCUCAGUGGUAUAGAAGUCGAAGAUCGACGUAAAAAAGUUGUUGAUGAAACAAGGGAAGCGUCAGAGAAGUGGGGAUUUUUCCAACUGAUAAAUCAUGGUAUUCCUUCGAGUGUUUUGGAAGGAAUGAUUGAUGGGACUCGUAAAUUUCAUGAACAAGAUGUUGAACUAAAGAAAGAGUACUAUUCGCGUGAUCGAACAACAAGAAGAGUUAGAUAUGAGACUGAUCUUCAUCUAUACAAUUCAAAGACAGCAAACUGGAGGGAUACAUUGAACAUUUCUAUGAUAGUUACUGGUCAUAUUGAACCUGAAGAAAUACCGACAGCUUGCAGGGAAGCAUUCCUUGAGUUCAUGAAUCAUGUCAGAAAACUAGGAGAAACUCUUCUUAGCUUACUAUCAGAAGCUCUUGGGCUAAAACCGGACCACUUAAAUGCCAUGGAAUGUGCCAAGGGACAAACAUUGGUAUGCCAUUACUACCCGGCAUGCCCACAGCCGGAGCUAACUAUUGGUACCGAUAAACACACAGAUCCUGAUUUUCUUACCAUUCUGCUUCAAGAUCAAAGCGGUGGCCUUCAAGUCGUGCAUAAUAACCAGUGGGUCGAUGUUGAACCGAUUGAACAAGGUUUGGUUGUUAAUAUUGGUGACUUUCUUCAGAUACUAUCAAAUGACAAGUUUGUAAGUGUGAAUCAUAGAGUUUUAGCAAAUCAGAUAGGACCAAGGAUUUCAGUGGCGUGCUUCUUCACUGGUGUUUUUACACCUCCAAAGAUGUAUGGUCCAAUCAAAGAGCUUAUAACCGACGAAAAACCUGCAGUAUAUAAAGAAUUUCUUGUAAUUGAUUACAUCACUGAGUUUUUCUCCAGGCCACUAAAUAAGUCUGGUCUUGAUCUUUUAAGACUGUGAAGAGUGACCUGGCGCCAUGUCGCUAAGCAGCAGUGAACAUCAUUAUAUUCCUUCAGAAAAAACUAAAAUCUUUAUGUAGAAUAAUGUCCAAGUUUGUGGUUUGCUGUACAAUAAUGUUUUACUAGAGACUACUAAAUUAUCUAUCUAACAGCAUUUUAUUAUGCUGUUGUUUAUUUCAA